AUGCAGCAUCUCUUCGCGGAUGGGUCAAUAAAACCGCCUUCUAACGGAUCUGGCAAUGCUUUGAGGUUCCCUAGCGCAAUCGUCUGGACAGCCGGAGAUUCCGACUAUUUAAAAAAAAUCUCUUUCCGUGAGAUAACGGUUCCAUUAGCAGUAUUUGCAUAUGCCGAACUUUUCCCCUCACCUCAAAUCCCAUUGACAGCUCCGCUCUCAAAUCGCAUCUUGAUCACAAAUCUGAAUAUUUGCGCACAUACAAUCUGCCUUAGGGACUACCAUAUCUCAAUAGAGAAUGGCCAAGCCUCAAUCCAGACUGUAAAUGUGGACUUCGGCAUCAGAACUUUCGAUUACCCCAAUACUCUGAUACACUGGACCCCCAACAACAAAUCAAAGAUCGAUUUUGCUUUUGAUGAAGACCAAGGGCCUUUGCCAAUAUAUGGGCCUACCAACAGGUUUCUCGUCAUGGGUUCCGACGGGUUUUUCCCAAUAGAAGGAUACCCUGACAUCCUUUUGAUCAACCCCUUCACUCAUCAAUGGAAUAAGAGCUGGGACCACUAUUUAGGUCCUGUCAUUGAUCACAUCAAGGAGAUUGGCUAUACGUCACUUAUGUCGGAUGUGGCUGCUUCCUUCACGCAAAUGGGAUUGGAUAAUUCAAACCACACCGUCAACGGCACCGCUCGGACUAGCCAAGUCUUUGUGAGCGUACAGUGGUAUUGGGUAAUGCUCCCAGCCUGCUUGGUCAUUGUUGGGAUCAUAUUCUUCAUAGGCACGACGAUUCUUAGCAGAAACACUAAUAAUAUGCCUCUAUGGAAGUCGUCUGCACUGGCUCCUUUCUAUCAUGGGUUGGAAGAAUCGGAAAGCAACGAAUUUCAAAGUUCCAGUAUCAUGGAAACAGCAGCAGAAAGAGAAGAUGUUCGACUGCGGUACUCCGAGACGAAUGGGCGGUUGAUGCUGCAGAGAGGAUAA